AUGCGGCACCGAUGGUGUUGUUUGUGCCCAAAGCAAAAACUCUGCGUCGUGAUGCAGUUGGGUUUCUCCUCUUAUUUCGUCUUGUUCUCACGACCUAAAUUCGUAUUUGCAGUGGUGAGUGCGUUGCUCCUUUCUCGUCUCAUCUUAUUGGGCGAAUAUUGUCUCCCCGGUCCACAGCUGUCGUGGGGAGCCGAAUCAUCUCUCGACGAGCCCGGAAAUGGGCAUGCCAUGCUACCAAUAUCCCAAUACUGUCAGCCAGAGCUCAUGCUGUACAGAGUCUUAGGAUCCCAAGCGUGGUAG